AUGAGUGACGAAUUCGAUAUCACACAGACUUACCUGAGUUUUCUGGAGCAGGACAGCGAAAUGACCAUGCCUAUAGCUGCCAUUGAGUCGCUGGUGACAAUGCUACGAGUUAAGCAGCCUGAGACCUCUGCAGAGAUGAUUAAUACCAUCAAAAGUGCUGCAGAGACAUUGGCAGCUUCGAUUCCAAAUUCGAUGUCUCUGCGAGCCGGUUGUGAUAUUUUUAUGCGGUUUGUCUUCAGAAACACACACCUGUACGGAGAUUGGGAAAGCUGCAAAAAACACUUGGUAGAGAACGGGGAGCUUUUUGUCUCGAGAGCCAAACGAUCGAGAGAUAGUAUUGCACAGAUUGGACUGGAUUUUAUCUCGGACGAUGACAUCAUUUUGGUCCAUGGGUUUUCAAGAGCCGUCUACUCAUUGCUGAGCCAUGCAGCGGACAAGUUCGUGAGAUUCAGAUGUGUGGUGACCGAGUCGAGACCCACGCAGCAGGGAGCACAGCUGUACAAACUCUUGCAGGAAAAGGGAAUCCCUGCGAAAAUGAUCGUGGACAGCGCUGUGGGAAGCAUUAUACACAAGGUCGACAAGGUGCUGGUAGGAGCUGAGGGCGUGGCCGAAUCAGGCGGUGUCAUCAAUCUCGUGGGCACUUACUCGAUCGGGGUGCUUGCUAAAAAUGCCAACAAGCCUCUGUAUGUGGUCACUGAGUCGCACAAGUUCGUGAGAAUGUUCCCGCUGUCGCCAGACGAUUUACCAGCCACUGCAGGUCCGUUGGACUUCACACGCGACGAAGAGUCUCAACAAUCGCUUGUGGAACCCGGGAUUGACUACACAUCGCACGAGUACAUCACCGCGCUGAUAACAGACCUGGGAGUGCUCACCCCCAGUGCUGUCUCGGAAGAACUGAUCAAGAUGUGGUACGAUUGA